UCUUCAGAGCUCCGUUCUUCCAAGUAGGUUUAAUCAGGCGAGAGACACCUUGCCUACGACUCCAAGAGUCUGAUCUUAUUGAAUCCACUCUCACCCCUUACCAAGCACGUCAGUUCAAUUAUUGGCAGAUUAGAUUUUUCUUUGCACCCGCCCCCACCCCCUAGUCCUCAGGAGAAAAGGGAAUAAAUGAUCAGCUCCCGACUGGUGCUCACCCGAGUGACCAGAGUGCAGCCGGGUGACCGCAGCCUCGCGCGGGGCGAUCGCUGGACACCCCUCCCUCUUCCCGCGCCGCCUCCAGCUGGAGUGACAACGCGCCCUCUGGGCUCCGGAGCCGCGGAGCUGAACAAUCCCAGGCAAGGCUAGCCUCACCGGUGACAUCACUCUCGAAGAUACUCCCAGCUCCUAGCUCCUGCCUUAGCUGGCGUCCGUCCGUUUGUCCGUCUCCAUCAGUCAACCACUGGAGAGUGCUCAUCGCUUCCUGGGGACGGAGCCGGGCUCUGAGGAGCGACAGGACCCGGAGGAGGCAAGGCAGCAAGGGAAGGAGGACCCCGGCAGGCGACAACAUGAAAUUCAGCCCCGCGCACUACUUGCUGCCUCUCCUGCCAGCGCUGGUACUCAGCACCAGACAGGACUAUGAAGAGCUAGAAAAGCAGCUGAAAGAAGUAUUUAAGGAGCGGAGCACCAUCCUCCGUCAGCUGACAAAGACAUCAAGAGAGCUUGAUGGAAUUAAAGUCAACCUUCAGUCUUUAAAAAAUGAUGAGCAAUCUGCCAAAACUGAUGUUCAGAAGCUUCUGGAAUUAGGCCAGAAACAAAGAGAAGAAAUGAAGUCUCUCCAGGAGGCCUUACAAAAUCAACUUAAAGAGACAUCUGAGAAAGCAGAGAAACACCAGGCUACUAUUAACUUUUUAAAGACUGAAGUGGAAAGAAAGACCAAAAUGAUCCGAGACCUCCAGAAUGAGAAUAAAAGCUUGAAAAACAAACUUUUGUCAGGAAGCAAGCUGUGUGGGAUCCAUGCAGAAGAGUCAAAAAAGAUCCAAGCCCAGCUAAAGGAACUUCGUUAUGGGAAGAAGGAUUUGUUAUUUAAGGUCUCUUUGCUGGGGACCAAAGAGAUUCUAGAAAAGGCCCAACAGCUUACUGAUCUGGAACAAAAAUUAGCUGUAGCCAAAAAUGAACUAGAGAAAGCAGCUCUUGACAGGGAGUCACAGAUGAAAGCAAUGAAAGAGACUGUGCAACUCUGUUUGACAUCAGUUUUCCGUGAUCAACCUCCACCUUUGAGUCUAAUCACAACAAAUCCAGCUCAGAUGUUAUUUCCAACUAGGACAAUUGCUGCUAAGAUUCCAGAUGAAAAGACAAAAAGCAAGCCCCAGCAAAGUGCUACUGGAAACAAUGAAAACACUCGAGUUGAAUCAACUAAGAAAGAAAAUCCAAGUACCAUUCCUUGUGAUUCUCAAGAUGAGGGCAGAACCUGUUUAACAAAACACAAGGACAGUCCCCCAAGAAAUGCAACUGCAGAUUCAGAGCCUGUCCCACAGAAAUUGCAAAUGCCUCUGUGUUCUGAAUGUGAAGUGAAAAAGGCUCCAGAGAAACAAUUAACCAGCUUUGAAGGGAUGGCGGCAAGAGAAGAGAAAAUACUGUAAAUACCAAGAAACUGUGUUAAAAACAUCCAUUUGCUCUUGUAUUCAUACUCUUUUUAGACAACAAGCUUGAUGGAAAUACUGAAUUUCUAAAGCAUGCAUUUUUUUCACAAUUUUAUGUAACUUUAUAAAGUAAUCUCCACGUAGUCUGAAAGUUUCCAAGCUGAUUAUGAUCCUUGAGCAAUAACCUAUACUGGAAGAGGAUUUCUAAUCAUAAGUGUUUCAAUGUCAUCACCAAAUUGCCCAGUAUAAAUUGUCCUGUUUUGAACUAAAAUGCAACAUAACUUUUAAUUAUUUUUAUUCAUUUGCAUAUCUGAUACUAGUUGUUUUAUGAUCAAGUUGUUGAAAUCAACUGGAGGAUAAUUAACUGUUGUGGGUCUUCAGUAUUCUGAAAAUUCAAAUCACAAUCAUAUUAUAAAGAUUUCAGUCUAUACUAGCAAACUGGGGUCACUUUACCCAAGAUUGGAAUUUUCUCUACCUGAAUACAUUCUUCAUGUCAUUGCGGUUAUUGCUAUCCUUAUUCUUUUGAACUAAUAAUAAUUAUUUUAUGUAAAAAAUGCCAAGGCAAUUUUGUCAAGGAUGUAUACAGGUAACAGAAGUUAUUAAAUAUGUUUUGCAUCAUGUCGACAAAAUAUUUGAAUGAAUAGCCAAAUUUCUGACACAUUCUCUUUUUCUUUUACAUUUUGUAGACACAUGUUAAUAGAUAUGUUUCUCUCUACUAGAAUUAUUCCAUGCUAGAAAUCCAGCUAUUUGAAAUGAGCAGCACAAAUUUUGAUAUGAAUUUGGAUAGUGGAAUAUAGAAUAGGAGGAAGGUUCUAAAAUAGAAUAAGCAAGAAGACAUUAUAUAUUUAAAAAUGGGUAUUUAAAGAAAGUAAAAUAGCUAUGUAGACACACAAAAUAAAAACAGACUCAUAUUUUUUAAAUUAAUGUAUUAUUGAAAGUAAUCACUGUUAUGUUUUAAUCCUCCAAACUAGGUUUCUACAUGUGGAUGUCAGUAUUAAAUAGCUGCAUUCAAAUCUGAAAAAAGCUCAGAAUCAAAGGGAAUUGACACUUGAAUAAUAAUCUGGUAGAAUCAAUGGAGCAUCAAACUUGCAGACUCAAAUUAAUGGAGUAACAGACACAUUUUAUAAAUUCAGAAAGCAUACAAAACCACAGAUUUUAUAAAAUGAAUCUCUAAAGCAAAAAUGAAUACAUUUGGACUUUCUUAUAUGGAAGUUUAUAAAAACAUAUUAAAUGAAAAUUUAAUUUGUAAUCAGUAGAUGUACUUACUCUAAGAUAGAAUGGUGUUAAUUUGAGCACAAUGGCAUAUUUGAAGAAAUGUAGUGAUUUGGAGAAUUUAAAAAUAUCACUAGUAGUAAAAGAAAUGUUUUUCUAUAGUUAUGUAGCAAUUCUACUUGCAAAAUAGCUCAGUAUCCUUUAUCAAUAUUUUGCAUAUAACAGCCUAAUCAGAAAAGAAAGAGAAAUAAUAUUUUAAAUGAUCCAUACAAUUUUCAGCUGAAGCAACUAAGAUAAAAUAAAAGAAUCAGGUCAGAAAUUCCUGUUGACUCAAUUCAAAUUCAAAAAAAAAAAAAAAGAAAAAGAAAAAAGAUAAACAAGAAAGAAAGAAAGGCAAAAAAGAUCAUUUUGUUCUACAAGGGAGUGGGGUACUAGUCUCCAGACUCUGGUUGCUUAUAAUUUUCCCACUGCAUCCAGGUGUCCUAUCCAUCCCCUUUUACAAAAGGAAAGGAGAUAAUUUAGCUUUAAAUUAGAACUACUCUGUCACCCAUCCUCUUGUCCUAAACUUUUGUCCUAGUCCCUAUGGGUUCUAUGAAACAUUGAUCACCAGUUUUCUUAACUUAGAAUGUUUUGAGACAUCUAAAGUUGUUAUGAGAGACAACAUUGGAAAAUAAGAAUUUGUCUUAUUAUUAAUGAAGUAUGAGCAGUUUCAUAUUUAAUUGAUUAUUUUUUCUGUGUUCUGAAUCACUAUUCUAGUAUGUGACAAUGUAAUACAUUUGCUCUUCUUAAUUACUGCCUUGAUCAAAUGGGCUUUGAAUCAUUAUAAUGUACAUUAAAAAUACACAGCCUUACGCAUUCUGCAGGGUUUAUCAUGCUAUAUUUAUUGCAUAAAUUCAACCCCUUCUCUCCCUCCCCUCAAAAAAAAACUGGUAUCAUGAGAUUUCUAUAAGUAUUUUAAAGAAAUAUUCUGGGAAUUUAUUUUAAUGGUUAAGUAGGGGGGUGCUUGUUAAUAUGAUCCAUAACUGUACUUUAAUUAACGGAUUUCGUUUAUCUUAGUCCUUUAAUUGCUUUAAAAUAGGACCAGAGAGGCUUAAAAUGUUUUACUGACAUGUGUGGUUUUGUUUAUAAAAUAGGCUUCAUUAAUAAUUAUCAAUAUUAAUUGCCAAUUAUAUAAACAGAUGGUGUUUUGAGGAAUUACAAUUUAGAUUCUAACUAUCUUCAUAUGGAAGAAAUAUUACCUGAAACGUUGACUAUUGAUAAUAUAAUUGGAUUAUGUAUCUGUAAUCAUAAACAAUGAAAAACUACUUAUAUCUUACAGAAUAUGGACUGAUUCCUAUAGAAAAAAAAUAUUGUCCAAUGGAAUAACUUGUUUUGAUAUAGGUAUUACCAAACUAACAUAAAUUUGAUUUCUCUCUAGUUAUUUUGAUGUAUUCUGUAAAUUUUAAAAUACUAAUCAAAUACUAUGUGCUCAUUUCUAAGUUAGAAACUUGUUUUGGACUUUGUCCUUCCUAUUAUGUGCAUUAACUAUGUAAAUUAAACUAGUGCCUAAAAUUUACAAGACCUAAAUGAAUGCUGAAUGUAUCUCUCCAAUGACAACCUGUUCUGAAGAGAAGUGAAUGAUUUCAGACACUCAUUUGGAUGUAGUUUUCUGUGUAAUCUCAAAUAUCAGAAUACUGAAUAUAAUAAGAGGCUAACAUUUUUUAAGUCCAAGCAAAUAUUUAGUAUUAUACUGUGGCUUCAUUACAAUUCUCUUUCAUACUAUAUACUCAACUACAAGUCUAAGACAAUAAUAUACGAAGGAGACAUUUACUGUUUUGAUGGACAAUGUGAAUUGCAGGACUAAAAAUAUAUUUGUGAACUUUGCUAUAAUGGAAUAUUUUAUUUUUAUAGCAAAAGGUACUGUGAUUAGCACUAAUGGCCUGAGAGACUAAAAUAAUAACUGAUACCAUAGAGUAGCAUGAACUGGCCAAACCUAGAGAGUAAGGAAAUCGUACAAUCUCCCCAAGUGAUGUGUCCAUCUGAAUUGUGUUAUAUAAUAUUAAUGGCCACAUGGUGAAGAAUAAAAGGUGCUGAAAAGGGCAUAUUCUUGUUCAAUAAAAGUUUGUUACCAAGACUAUAUAACAUCCUACAUAAGCUAACCGAAAAAACAAAUGUUAGCACUAAAAAUAGUAUUUGCUUCUGUGUAUCACAAUCUAAGAACUUUUUUGAAAUGUCACCUUGGAAAUUUCUUCAAUCUCUUUGACAAUGCCCCAGAAAUAUUUUAUUUUAUUUAGUGAGUUUUUAAAAGUAGAAAUCCAUGAUGGCAGAAACUUUGUCUUUUUUCAUUGAAUGUUAGUUUUAAUUGCUGAAUAAUUAUUGCAUAUAUUCAAGGAGCAAAAUGCGAUGUGUUGAUAUAACUAUGCAUUCUGGAAUGGAUAUAUCCAGCUAACUUACAUACCCAUGAACUCACAAUUAGAUCUCAAGAUCUUAGAACUAACUUCCUUCUAGAAGGCUGUCAAAUAUUUGUUGAAUUAAUAAUUCAGAUUCUGAAGCAGCAUAAGAAGAAGCAAAGGAAAUGGCAAAGAAUCACAUUCUAUUAUGAAAACAGAAUGAGCGAUGGUUUCAGAAAAAGAAAAUAAAUGUUUUACGUGCAUCUUUGUUUUGUUUUGUUCACAGACUAAACUUCUUUUACUUUUCUCUCUGAAAGGUUUCUCUGUGAGACUAGUAUACCUUGACUUCAGGCAAAGCAGAAUACAGCACUCCUGGAUUAAUUACAGUAUGCCUGAAUAUCAUAGGCAUAUAGAAAUAUGCCAUGGAAAACAGGAACAUGUUCUACAAAAUGCACCAUUAGAUAAAUUCAUUGUUGUGAAUGUCUCAGUGAAUAUACAAAAAUGUAGAUGGGAUAGCCUACCACAUACAUUCUUAAGCUCUCUAUACAGCCUGUUGCUCCUCAGCUACAAACCUGUACAUCAUGCCAUUAUACUGUAGGCAAUUAUCCCUCAAUGGUAUUUGCUCAUCUAAACAGAGAAAAUGUAUAGUCAAAAUUAUAAUCAAUAGAAAAUUUUCAGCUACAUUAUAAUUUAUGAGAACACUGUAUCAUAAGGAUUCUGUUGACCAAAAUAUCACUAAAAAGUAUAUGCCUGUAUAUCAUAUGGGCUCUGAAUCAUUAAUAGGCAUGCAGCUCUGACACGCCCUUGCACAUACACAAGUGCCCAAUUUUUUUUUCUUUUUUUGUGGUACUAGGCUGUAAACCCAGGGUGCUUUACCACUGACUUACAUCUCCGGCUCUUUUUAAUUUUUAUUUUGAGACAGGAUUUCCCUAAUUUGUAAAGGCUGACCUCAAACUUGCCAUUCUCCUCCCUCAGCCUCCUGUGUCACUGAGAUUACACACAUACACCACCACACCCAGCUCUUAUUUUAGACUAGCACAUGAAUCUUUUAGGUUUUAAUGAGUUGAACCAAAAUUUUUCUAUACAUUCUUUGGAGACCUAAUCCUUUAGUAAAAGCAAUUCAAGAACUGUUGAGGAGGUAAAGGAGAUUUAAGAGGAUUGGACCCUGGAUUCCAUGUUGCUCAUUUUCAACUAGAGAAUUUAUACUUUUAUUGCAUGUAGUUUUUAGAGUUUCACAAUCAUCAUCUCCUCCUCCUCCUCCUCCUAAAUAUCAUAGGCAUAUAGAAAGGUGCCAUUGAAAACAGGAAUAUGUUCCUCUUUUUUGGGGUACUGGAGUUUGAACUCAGGGAUGCUUUACCACUGAGCUACUUCCUCGGCCAUUUCUGAUUUUUAUUUGAAAACGGGUCUUACUAAGUUGCUGAGGGUCUUGCUAAAUUGCUAAGGAUGGCCUGGAUCUUGUGAUCAUCCUGCCUCAACCUUCCAAGGAUUACAGGUGUAUGUCACAAAUCCUGGGCACAAUAUACAUAUGAUUUUAAUGGAGAAAGAUCCAUUAAAAUCAUAUGUAUAUUGAUUAAAAGAAAGGAGUCCAAGAUCAGAGUGAUCUGAAAAUGACAGAUUAAGAUGACCUCUGUGAUCCCCUCUUCCCAUUUGCUCUUUUAGUCAAUGAGGUGAUCAGUUAUUCAAGAAUUUAUUUUUGACAUCUCAAAAUGUGGCUGCUAUUCUCCUUGUUAAAGAUCCAAUUUUAACAGCAACAAUAACGAAUACUAUCAAUUAAAUAUAUAACUUACAAUUGCAUUGCUUCAAUACUUUUAGAAAUCAUUGAUAUAAGAUAUUAUAGUUAUCAUGUUUUUCAAACAGGAAGAAAUUAAGAUAGAAAAAUAUUUAAAAUAAAAUCACAUACUAGAAAGAGGAAGAGGUGGGAUGUGGAACUGGAGAUAAGUUCCUGGAACCCAUGUGCUUAACCAUCUCAACAAACAGUCUGUCCUGAAAAUAAUGGGGACCUGCUCUAACAGAACAUACAGUGUGUAGGGAUACAAUGACUAAUGUGGGAAACUCCCAAAUCAAUGCUUGCCUACUACAAUAUCUAUCUAUCUACCUACCUGUCUAUUCUCUUGGAUGAAGGAAGAAAAAGGCACAGGUGAAAACUCAGGGUAAGAAGAAGGGUUUCUGAAUGUAUAUUGGCUAUGUGUAUCCUUCAUGGAUAAAAUGAUGUUCAGCUAAGAUUAAUAAAACUAUAAUAUUCUACACAAACGUACAGAACUUUAAAAAAUGAAGUUUUAUAAUAUUUUCAGACACUAAUAAUAUUUUAAAGUGAGAACUUGAAUUCAAAUGACCAGAUGAUUAUGAAUUAAUGUUGUGCAAAAUCUAAAAGCAUUACACUAAAGAAUCAACACUGUAGUCUGUUCCCUGUAAACUACAGUAUCUGGGUUUCUUAGCCAUAAAGGACACUGAAAUGCCAGUUUCUUCCAUAGAAGUGUGUCAGGCAUUAAAAUUAAUAAACAAAGUUAUCCAUGGAAUAGUUAGAAUAUUUGAACCAGAAUGCAAGCAAAUGUGAUAUGAAUGGAUUUUUUUUUCUUUUUUUGGAGGGUUACCGGGAAUUGAACUCAGGGCACUCAACCACUGAGCAACAUCCCCAGUCCUAUUUUGUAUUUUAUUUAGAAACAGGGUCUCAAUGAGUAGCUUAACACCUCACUUUUGCUGAGAUUGUCUUUGAAUUAGCAAUUGUCCUGCCUCAGCCUCCUGAGCCACUGGUAGUGUGCCAUGUGUUCCCCUGGAUUUCCCUUUCAUCCUUAGUAAUUCCACCUUCCUAAGUCCCUUGAUUCUUGUGAGAGCACCAUUUCACUACAAGCCAUGUAAAUGCAAUGGCUACUUGGGAAGGACAUAUAAUGUAAGACAUUUUAUUUCUCUGAAAAGUGAUACUAUUUGAAGCUUCUGGAAGAACUUAACCUCAGCAGCUAAUUGUGGAGUGAGCUUAUCCCCUGGAUGUGUCUUUAUAAGAAUGAGAACAGGAGAACACAGUUUGUUAUGGGUGAUGUCCUGUCUAUGGCUUAUCUUUAACACUUUUUUUCAUGAUGAGGUGCCCAUGCAAAGCAAGUCUAGAGACAGACCUUCAGCAGUUGGACCCAGUGCAAUUUCAGGGCAAAUAGCAGAAUACAGAAGGAUGCCUGUCAAAUUGGCAGCUUAUUUAUGACAGCAAAGUGACGACUUCUGCUCAGCAAAUAUCAUGUUGAACCCCAUCACAUCUCCUGAUACCUGUUCCCAAAGUAAAAUUUGUUUGGGCUAGAAAUCCAAAAUCUCCCUUCAUGCCUCUUCUUGAGAUAAUGUCUUGAGUGAAAAUCAGAGUGUUUACUUGGUAGAGUUCACAUACUGAAAUGGUCAUGUUCCCCACAUGAACAAAAUGUUGAUACUUUGAUUAUGAAAACUUCUAAGGAUGGCUUAUCUUAGGUGAUUUUCACACAGAGAAAGAGAAGCAACAUGAAGAGGAGCAGGAUAAUACUAAUAGAUAUGUUUUUCAUAAAGCACAUUUUAAAUUUGUUAUUUUGAUUCUUGAAAUAGAUCCUGUUGAAUUAAAUAAAGCAUGAAUAAAUUGAAUUAUUUAUUAGAUGUGUUUCCAAUCAUUUGUAACUCCUAAAUGAUAUAGAAUUUUUAAUGACUAUUAGCCAAAUUAAUAAGUUUGAAAAGAUGUGAAGAGAUAAUAAAUGUUAUCUGUGUGAGGAGAACUGGGAAUCAGCUAGGUGUGUUCAAAAAAAGUAAAGUAAGUCAUCAGCAACUUGAUGAAAUUAACUGUACAUUGUAGAAAGGUACUCCAGUUUCACAUAUUUUAUUUCCCUGGAAGUAAACUAAGCAGACUAUUUGUAUGAAUUCAGUGUAAUGAGUAAAGGAACACAAGGGUAUCUGUGGUUUGGGAAAGCAUAAAACUUCAGAGAGAUACACAUAAUACCAUUCUGCCCAGAUACUCAUUCUGCCUAUGAUAGAAUUUUUUUUGACUGAAAAGUUAGUACAGAUAUUUCUCUACAAUAUUAAUCUGAAAUGUCUAUCAUAGCCCUUUCAUUACCAUUUCAUAUCAGUUUUAGGUAUGUAAUAGUUUUAGAUUUUGGAGUCUAUAAAUAAAUAUCAGCUGUUUCUGGAACCAUUUGUUUUUUCAUUGGCCUAUCAUCUAUUAACUGAAACCCGAUAAUUUUAAAUAUUUUCCCAUACACAUAUAUGUGCACUAGUGUCACAAUGAACACACUAUAUAAUCAAGGAUAUAAGAAUGGAUAUACUAUAUUUGCAAACCAAAUCAGUCAUUUGAUGCAGAAAACCAACACUAUUUGGAAGGACACAGGCUUAGCUCCUGUACUUUUUUGUGUCAGCUCAUUCAAUUUCGGUAAAAUCUAGACUUUAGAUUUAAAUGUGGAGCUUUUCUACAGAUACCCUAAAGCAGAGAUUUCUGUCAACAUGAAUCUGUGUGUAUGGAGCCUGAAAGAGAUUUUAUAAUUUAUCCUGAUAAUAACCAAAACAUUUUUGUUAUCAUUGUUCAUUUGAGGAAAUGAAGUAAUUGAAUCAGAUGAAAACAAAAGUGCUCUGGUAAAAUACUGAAUGUAAUCAUGAAGAUCAAGGAAAGGGGGCAA